GUGACGAAUGAAGAGACAGGGGAAGGAAGGUAUUCGGGAGUGAGUAUGUGGGCCGGAAGUAAUUUUCACUGGGGCCCAAAUAAAGCACUUCCCACUCAUCUCACGUUGUACAAUGGGAGCAUGCCGUGGGAGGAGCGAGUGGACAUCGCCCUUUCCUGGUUCUCCCACCCGGAUCGACCGGCCAAUUUCGUCGUCUUCUACUUGGAGGAACCCGAUAGAACGGGGCACGAUAACGGACCGGAUUCUCCGGAGGUGAAGGCGAUGGUGGAGAAGGUGGAUGCAUUGUUUGGAUAUCUCGUGUCUCGGCUCGAGGCCCUGAGCCUGUUAAACGGGACCAAUUUCAUCGUCCUUUCGGACCACGGGAUGCUGGGAGUGAAUCGCAGCAUGGCGUUAGACCUCGAAUCCAUCCCCGUCCCUCCCAGUGAUUACUUGCAUGCCACUAACUCUCCCCUAGUACUCAUCUAUCCGCUGGAAGGGAAAGAGGAAAAAGUUUAUCAGGGAUUCCUCAAUGCAUCCAUGACGAAACCAUUCACAGUGUACAAAACGGAAAACACCCCCGAAGAAUGGCAUUACGGACCCACAUCACAUUCCCCACCAUUAUACCUGGUUGCGGACAAAGGAUAUACUUUCAGUGAUGAUGCCUGGUUGCUGAAUACCCCCAAAGACCCGAGGUACGACAUGAUCGGCGUUCAUGGAUACAACAAUUCCUUUCCCGAAAUGCAGGCCUACUUGAUCGCCCACGGCCCGGCAUUCAAGAACGGGUACGUAUCCUCCGAUAAUGCCGUUUUCAACAAUCUGGAUGUUUAUCCUUUGCUCUGUCACCUCUUGGGAAUCCAAGCUCGUCCAAAUAAUGGAACUCUGGAGCACUCGCUGAACUUUCUGAAGACAACCGGCUCGACUGGCCACGGUAUCGGGUUAGUGUCGUCGUAUGAUCUCUGA